AUGGGAGACGAUCCAGCACAUUUGUAUCGCUUGGACGGAGUUGCUCAUAUAGCCGGCGUCAUCAACGACGAGCCCCAGCGAUGCAUUAGGAGCAUGCGGCGACAGCAGGGCAUGCGACUAGAUGACAGAUACGUUCCGUACUUGCAGAUGGCAGGACUAUACCAUCUUGCAAGGCUGAACGAAAGAUGGUUCCGGUUAGACGAGGCCCUUGUCAGUGCAUUUGUCGAGCGAUGGCGUCCGGAGACGCACACGUUUCACAUGCCGUUUGGAGAGUGCCCCAUCACUCUGCAGGACGUGGCAUACCAGUUGGGUUUGCCAGUAGACGGGCGUUACGUGAGCGGCUGCCUGUCAGAGUUCCAUUUAUACAUUCAGGGUGGCCGUCCAGCCUGGGUGUGGUUCCAGGAGCUGCUUGGAGUGGUUCCUCCUCCAUGCCAGGUUCAGAAGUACGCAGUGAACUGCAGUUGGUUUCAGGAGACUUUUGGUGAGUGUCCCGAUGGAGCAGAUGACGAGACUGUGCGGCGAUAUGCCCGUGCGUAUAUUAUGAUGUUGUUGGGCACGCAGCUGUUUGGGGACAAGUCUGGCAACCGCAUUCACAUUAGAUGGCUUCCGUACGUAGCUAGGCUGGAGGAGAUGGGUACCUACAGCUGGGCCUCUGCAGCACUGGCAUGGUUGUAUCGGUGCAUGUACCAAGUGUUGACUGAAUUGUUGUCCGGUUCUCAUCUGGGCCUCAGCCUCUCUCCCCUUGCGAACAAAUAG